AAGCAAUGUUAUCACCGAAAGAUAAACAGGACAAGUUGAUAAGGGCGACAGAUUUAGAUGCUCUUAGUUGCCGGAAUAGCAUCAACAUUAAAUCAUAUCUUACUCCAAAUGACAUUUAUAUUCCUAAAUUAAUUGAGUCGUAUCGUCAAAAUUUACAAUAUUGUUAUGGAUAUACCAACUUAUCUUCCUCCAGGGCAUUGCAUUUAUUCAAUGAUAGGAAACUUCCGUUGAUAAACAGGGGAACCUAUCUCCGUACCAAGGCCAUAGAUAAUAUUGUUCAAGGUUUUAUUGAAGAGCUUGACAAAUGCCAAAUUGUUUCUUUGGGAAGCGGGUCUGAUACCCGAGCAUUUUCGAUAUUAAACAAGUAUAGUAAUGUUAUAUAUCAUGAGAUUGAUUUUCCUGAAUCUGUCAAGAUUAAAAAAUUAGCUAUUUAUAAUGAUGAUGAACUUAGAAAAACAGUGGGUCUUGGAUCUGAUACAAUUCCCAUGAUCAAAUCUCGAGAUGAAUUUGUACAACUCGAUUGUGAUUUACAAACGUCAAGGUAUCACCUACAUGGAAUAGAUAUACGUACAUGGAAGGAUAAUAAAACCCCCUUUGCUCAUUUUGAUUCAAAUUUACCAACGCUUGUAAUAAGCGAAUGCUCACUUUGUUAUUUGGCACCUGAUGAAUACGAAAAUACCAUUAAUUAUUUAACAGGGAUAUCCAAAAACUUGAUUUCAUUUAUCAUAUAUGAACCAAUGUCUCUUAAUGAUUCUUUUGGAUUAACUAUGACAAAAAAUUUACUUGAUAGGGGUCUUAAUUUAAUGACAUUUAACAAAUAUCCUGAUUUGGAAUCAAGACGGGAAUUCUUAGCUGCAAACUGCAAGCUAAACAAUUUACGGCUUACAGAUAUGAGUAAUGUGGGUGGAUACACAAAGACUCCAAAAACAGAUGAUAAUCAGCCGUGGGUGGAAUUUGAUACACUCAGGAGAAUUAAUUCACUUGAAUUUAUUGAUGAAAUCGAAGAAAUUAGACUCUUGUUGGAACAUUAUUGUCUUAUUUAUGGAGAUUUCAACCGAAACAGUGAAGAUAAAUUUAUUGGAAUAGACAAAUGGGGUUGGCUUGUGAGGUAAAUCAUUUAUGUUGUGAAUUAUGUAAUAUAGAUUUUUUGUAUACUUAAAAGUUAAGCUUGUUGAU